AUGAUACAGCAGGGUGGACGUAAGGUCUCUCUCAUCGUAGCAUGCUCUUUGAACCGCGUCAUUGGUAAACAAGGCAAAUUGCCAUGGAACAUCCCAGCUGACUGGGCGUUCUUCUGUUCCGUCACUAUGAACCAAGUGCUGAUUGUCGGACGACGAUCGUUCGAAGAGUUUGACGAGCCCAUUCCGAACCGUCAGACGAUUGUCGUUUCGUCAACGCUGGAGCAAACUCAGGUCAAAGCUGUCAGCGGUCGGAAGGAGUCAGGCGUUCGCGUCGCUCGGACGCUGGCGCAGGCACUUGAACUUGUCGACUCGGAACCGCAGUAUCUGGAUUGCACCCGGGUGUUUAUUGGAGGCGGAGAGAACUUGUACAAGGAAGCGAUGGCUGCUGACGUGGUGGAGUCGUGCUACGUCUCGAGAAUACACCGAUCGAUUGAUCAUGGCGAUACCUUUUUUCCACGGUGGACAGCGCGGUUCCCGAAUCUGGUGUUCUCGGCCAAGACAAAUGGAAGAGGAAGUACGAGAGUGAGCUUUGAGGUAUGGACAAGGCAACAAGGUGAUGAUCGAUGA